AUGUGUUCAUUCUCAAUAGUACAUUUAAUAUACUCAAUUUCUAAAAAUAAAAUUAAAGCUGAUUGUCCAUCAUCAAAAAUGUGUCCACCAGGAUGGAGCGUUCAAAAACAAAAAAUGUCAAAAGAGAGUAUAGCAGUAACAUGCGAAGUUGGAGUGAAGAAAUGUGAUAGACCUUACACAUGUGUAGCAUCUCAUUGUGGUUUAAAAUUUUGUUGUGCCAAUGAUAAAAUUCUUAAAAGUUUUCAAGAAAGAAUGGAAGAGAUGGAGGAAGAAAAUUAUGAUCAAGAUAGUGAAGAGAUAAAUAAUAAUUUUAAUAAUCAAAAGAAAAAUAAUAACUAUGAAUUAUAG